GAAUACUGCCCAAAAUUACAGCUUCCGUGUAGCCAUCAUACCAGCAAAGACCGGGGCAUAAGUUUUCUGCGUUAAUUUAAAAAAAUACAAUUACACAGUUAUGAAGUUAAUUUAGCAGCGCAGCGCUUUCAAUCGUCAGCGUUGUUUUAGGACGAAGGAAUUAAGGCGAGUGUUUAAGCUCGCCGUCACAAUGUCGACCGCCAUGGACUUCCACUCUCAGAUUGCCUCCAUCAUGGAGGUGUUGGCUAACGCGGCCGUCGCAGAAAUUUGUAAAGUUGUGGACGACGGAUACGCGGUGGUUCAUCUGGAAAUGUCCAGGAGCCAGAAGGAAAACGAGUUCCUGCGGAGGAAAAUCAAACUGCUGGAGCUGCAAGUCGCCAGGUACCGAGCGGAGAGAGUGAAGGCGGCGGAGGGCUCCGUCAGCAGCCGCUUCCCCGGGGUCCGCCUCCUCCACCGGCACAACAGGGACUUGCUGGCGGCAUGCUCGUCUCUGCACGGCAGGACCAGGUUUCUGAACCGAGGUUCAGGGACUCAGCAGUCUGUGCAGAAGACCCAGUCAAUCAACCUGGACCGGGAUCCUGAUCAGGAGGUUGUCACCACCACCAAAACAGAGUCAGCAGAGCCUGAGGAUGGGGAGCUGCUGAUAGUUAAGGUGGAGGGAGCGAUGGACACGGGAACCACCAACCACAAGGUGCCUGUAGACGCCUGCAUGAGCAGCAGAGGAGACGCGGACACUGCCACAUUGCUCCCCGCCACCUCGAAGGAUGGCAGCAACGGCAGGCUAGCCAAAUACUGCAGCAGAACGGAGGGCCAUGGAUGUCUGAGAAACAUGAGCAGCCCUCAGAGCAAGGAGGAAAAGAUGGAUGAAGUGCAAGGUGGCACCUCAGAGAAACACAGUCCCUUCCAAACGCUGCUGGAAUGGCAGGAGAGCAGCGAGACUGAAGAUACAAAGCGUCCUUCUUGUUCCACAUACACACCAGAAACCAUAGCAGGAAACUCGUCUUUUAGCCAAAUAAGGACAAUCGCUGCCUCUAGUUGCCCCACUGUUUCUAAAAGGCCUCAGUGUGACAUGGACCAGGCAAGCCCUGCGUCUGAGCUUGAUGUCAUUGUGAUCAACUCACUUCCCCAUGCAGCGGAAGCCAGCAGCGGUGGGGCAUUGUCGUCUGAACGAGGCGAGGAUGACGGCGCUGAGGACCUGACACCUCUCAUAGGUCAGGGCAACAGCGGUGUGAGGUCACAGUAUCAGCCACUGCUGUGUAUUCAGAUCAGAGAGCCAGCCAGUGAAGUGAUGUUUGAAGGUAAUGGACCCUACAGUAAUCACAUUUCUACCUUUCAACCCCCCUCUGUUGCCGCUGGGACAGUGGACUCCCAGCAACAGCAAACUCAGCAUUCUUGGUCUGAAAUUCGGCAGAUGAACAACGCCCACUUCUCCGGUCAAAACCACCUUUAUCAGGCAUCCAGCAGUCAGAACCAGGAGUCUGGGACAGCACAGUCCCAGCGGCAGUCACCCUGCCUCCCCUACGCUUGCACCUUCUGUUCCAGGCGCUACGCCCACCAGUGCCAGCUGCGCAUCCAUGAGCGCGUCCACACAGGGGAGAAGCCGUACCAGUGCGUCCAAUGUGGGAAGACCUUUGGCCAGGUCUGCAGCCUUAAGCGCCACCAGAUGGUUCACACGGGGGAGAGGCCGUACCCCUGCCCCCACUGCGGGAAGCAGUUCUCCACCUCCACCAACCUGAAGGUCCACCAGAGCGUCCACACCGGGGAGAAGAGGUUCCACUGCUCCAAGUGUGGCAAAAACUUCUCCUUCCUCAGUAACCUCAUCAGGCACCAGGCUUUGCAUACCACCAAGUAGAGCAAGUUACACAGGGAUGUAUGUACCUGAGAGGACAAAUGAACAUGAACACCUUCCAAUAUCACACAGUCAGGACAGCCACAGCUAUCCAAGGCUGUAACAUUAAACUGUUCAGGCGUUCAUAUUAUUGUGUCCACCCUCUGUGGAUAGAUGAUCUGUCUGGUCUUCAUUUCAACAGCAUUUGGUCAUCAUGUCCUUAAACGUUUUACAUAUAGUGUCAUUUCAUGUACCGCAUGUUGUCACUGAUUACUGCAUAGUUUGUUCAUGUUACUCUGUUUUUCUUUGGAUUCACUUUGGAAAAUGUUUGGAAAGUCUUAGAUAGCUUGGCAAUCACAUUCCUGGUUAUUAAAAGAAUCUCUGACAGUU